AUGGCCGCUACCGCUGCUGCAAUCAUCAAGGGAGCUGUCAACCCUCUCAAGCAGGGCAGCAAGGUCGCUACCGGCGUUCAGCUCAAGGAGACCAACCCCACCGAAGCCAAUGUGUCCCUCGACACUCUGACCGGCAAGAGUAAGUAGCGGUCGUGCACUGGCUGCUUCCUCCUACACUUGUAGACGAAGCAAGUCGCGCUUUUGCGUUUCGCAAGCAUGCACGUCCCUUGCAACUUACAUCUUUACGCCUUUUUUUCCCUCUGCCACUCCUCUCGACAAGACAUCAUUCUCGGUGUUCCAGGUGCAUUCACUCCUCCAUGCUCGUCUCAAGUGCCAGGCUACCUACAGCACGCCGACCAGUUCCUCGCCAAGGGCGUCAAGGGAAUCUACAUCGUCGCAGUCAACGACCUCUUCACUGUCCAAGCCUGGAAGGAGAAGCUGGGCGCAAGCAACCCAGCCAUCCACUUUUUGGCCGACGACACGGGUGCUGUGAGUAAUGUUGUAUUCUGUAUAGGCUUCAUUCCACCUCUCAUCAGCUUCACAAACUUGCAUGCUAACGCUUCUCUGCAAUGUUGACGCAUACACACCAAAUUGCAGUUCACCCGCUCUGCCGGUCUCGACUUUGACGCUUCCGGCUUGCUCGGAAACCAGCGCUCUCAGCGCUACGUCGCCAUCGUCGAGGAUGGUGUGGUCAAGCACCUCGCCAAGGAGGACGAGGCUCCUAAUGUCACCGUCACCGCUGCUGACAAGGUCCUCGCCCAGGUCUAA